AUGCUGAAUCUGACAAAUCAGACCCUAAUUGUUGAUGAGCCAGAUGAUUUCAUGCUCAAUUUCACAAAAUGGAGGCAGGACUUCUAUGAGCAUUUAGAGCAAAAGAUCAUCUCUAUCUUGAUUAUUUCUAUUGGUAUUUUUGGAUUUCUGGGGAACGGAAUCGUCAUCUGGCUUCUUGGGUUCCAAACUAAGAGGAAUUCUUUCACCAUCUAUAUCCUGAACUUGGCUGUUGCUGACAUCGGGGUCCUUAUAUCUAUGGGUAUAUUUUUUGUUAUAGAUAAAUCACCUUUAUUUGAAGAGCUCAUCAUAUUCACAUACAGCACUGGCCAAUUUCUCCUGACCGUCAUCAGCAUUGACCGUUGUGCAUGUGUCCUCUUCCCAAUUUGGCAUCAAGUCCACAGACCAUCUUAUUUGUCCGUCAUGGUGUGUACCCUCAUAUGGGUCUUCUCCUGCCUGCUCAGUGGAGUUCAUUUCACUCUCCACAGUUCUAAAAUCCUGGAAAAUCAUCACCAUGUAAUACACUACCAGUUUUUUGUGAAUGCCCUGCUUGGCCUUCCACUCAUGAUUAUCUCCGCUGUGACUCUGUUCAUCAGAGUUUGCCUGAAACCACAACAGCGUUGGAGAGGAAAGCUUUUGACAGCCAUCUUGCUUACUCUCCUCUUUUUCCUCCUCUUUGGUUUUCCUUUGAACGUUGUUUUCAUUACCUCUAAUUUUUCCCAGGCUCCACUUUCUUCUGGAAUGCGAUACAGCUUGUUAUGUGCCUCACUAAACAGCAGUGUUAAUCCACUGAUUUACUUCCUAGUUGGGAGAUGGAACAGCGGUCAGCCUAGGGAAAGCUUGAAGGAGGUCCUCAAGAAGAUUUUUGAAGAGGAUGAAGCUAGUAGAGAGGUAUCAGAGGGACCUUGUCAAAUCCAGUUAUCAGAUUUCCAUUAA